CUACCCCUUGGAGUGCUCUCGUUUCUGGAGAAAAUCGAAAAAUAAAGUGCCGCCCGCUGUCUUCCCCUUGGGAACUUCCCGCUGAAGCGAUCAAGAAAAGGAAGCGGACAGCGAGAGCGAGAUGCUGCACGAGCUCCUCCUCGCGCUCCUCGGCUACACGGGGGACUUCGUCAUCGACGAGCGGGAGCGCGCCGAAACCCUAGGCCUCGCCGAUCCCUCCCAGAUCCCCGACGAGCCGACCUUCAAGCUCGCUCCCGAUCUCUCCUUCAUCCAACCCUCAGAGAGGAGUGUUAUUGAAAGGCUUAUACCAUUAGGCUUCUACUAUAGGGAGCUUGAUUGCUUUGCAACAAGAUCCCGCAAUUUAAGUUCAGCACAUUCAGCAACAGAUGUUCCUUUACAUGGAACUUAUGAGACCCAGAAAGGAAAAACAAGGAAGGGAAGUGUUUAUCGGAGGGCCAUUGCCAAUGGCAUUGUUGAGAUUUUAUCGGUUUAUAGGUCUGCUGUUCUGCAAGUUGAGCAGAAUUUGCUGUCAGAUCCCUCGCCAAUUCUGGCAACUGUAACGCAAGGCCUCAACAAGUUCGAGGUUCUGUUGCCUCCUCUUUAUGAGCUCAUUGUGGAGAUGGAACGUGAAGAUAUUAGAGGAGGACAACUUCUCAACUUUCUACACAAACGGUGCCACUGUGGGGUCCCUGAAUUGCAAGCUUGCAUUCAAAGGCUCCUUUGGCAUGGACAUCAGGUCAUGUACAAUCAACUUGCAUCUUGGAUGAUUUAUGGAAUUCUUCAGGAUCAGCAUGGAGAAUUUUUCAUUCAGAGACAAGAUGAUGGGGACGGGGAAGGCAAAUUAUGUCAUCCUGAUGUAAUUGAAAAGUUGAUGCAUAAAUCAGCUGAUGAUGCAACUCUAUCUGAUUGGCACUUGGGGUUCCACAUAUCCUUGGACAUGCUACCGGAGUAUAUACAUAUGCGCGUUGCUGAAUCAAUUCUUUUUGCUGGUAAAGCAGUGAGAGUUCUUCGGAAUCCUAGUCCAGCUUUCAGAUUGCAGGAAUCCUUUAUUCAUCAGUCGGUACCAAAAGCAACUGAUAGGGUUCAAGGUUUUCUAGGAAGUUUUGCUCCCCAAAAGGAGCUGCUCAAGGGUACCAGUCUGAUUGCAGAAGAACUACUUCCACAAUCUGAGGCUGCUAAAAUUGAAGCCAUGCUUCAAGAGUUAAAGCAAUCAUCUGAAUUUCACAAGAGGUUGUUUGAAUCUGCUGUAAGUUCAAUUCGCACGAUUGCAGCAAAUCAUCUUUGGCAGCUUGUUGUCAUACGUGCUGACUUGAAUGGCCACCUGAAGGCCCUUAAAGAUUAUUUUCUAUUAGCAAAAGGCGAUUUCUUUCAGUGUUUUCUUGAGGAGAGUCGUCAAUUAAUGCGUCUACCCCCUCGCCAAUCAACCGCUGAAGCAGAUCUUAUGGUACCAUUUCAAUUGGCUGCUUUAAAGACCAUAGGUGAUGAAGACAAAUAUUUUUCUAGAGUAUCACUGAGAAUGUCUUCAUUUGGAGUUAAUAUGACUACCUCUCAUGUGGAUUCAAAGAUGAAGGUUCAAGCUGAUGGAAAUUUGGGAGUUCCUUCACAAGGUAGAGCCUCCUCUGAAUUGUCACUUGAUGGUUGGGAUGGCAUUGCUCUUGAAUAUUCUAUUGAUUGGCCAUUGCAGCUGGUCUUUACUCAGGAGGUUCUUUCUAAGUACCUCAAGGUUUUCCAGUAUUUGGUCAGACUCAAGAGAACACAAAUGGAAUUGGAGAAAUCAUGGGCUGCAGCAAUGCAUCAAGAUCAUGCUGACUUUGCGGACCAUCGCAAGGAUCGCAAGAAUGGUUCAGUAUCCCAACAGCGUCGGCAACGCUCUAGGCCUAUGUGGCGUGUUAGGGAGCAUAUGACUUUCUUGAUUAGAAAUUUACAAUUUUAUAUCCAGGUCGAUGUUAUUGAAUCUCAAUGGAAUGUUUUGCAAGUUCAUGUGCAAGAUUCUCAUGAUUUUACAGAGCUAGUAGGCUUUCAUCAAGAGUACUUGUCAGCUUUGAUUUCACAAUCCUUUCUGGAUAUUGGGUCUGUUUCUAGAAUUUUAGACAGCAUUAUGAAACUCUGCCUACAGUUCUGCUGGAACAUUGAAAAUUAUGAGAUCAAUCCAAAUUUAGCUGAACUGGAGCAUAUAGCUGAGGAAUUUAACAAGAAAUCCAAUUCUCUGUAUACCAUACUACGGAGUAGCCGGCUUGCUGGUAGCCAACGAGCACCUUUUCUGAGACAAUUUCUCAUGCGAUUGAAUUUCAAUUCCUUCUUUGAGGCAACUGCAAGAGGAGUGCUAAACGUUGUCAGGCCACGACCAACCCUCCCUGUUCUCUAGCAAUAAGCCCCAUAUUUUUAGUUUCAAAGAUCAUGAUGUGGCAUAUGUGCUUGAUUGUAAUCUAUUGUGGGUACAAUAUACAGUCUAUGGAGCAAUUGAUUGGGCUGAUGGUGAAUAUUUGUACCCAACAUGUACAGUGCCUGCUUUUCAUGUCAGACCAAGUAGCUCUCUUCUUCCUUUUUCUUUUUUCCUGCAUGUUGUAAGGAUCGGACUAUGUGAAUUAGAUUUUCGAGCAAAGUUACAAGCUUUUUGUUGGCAUUUGCCGUUUGUAAGCAAA